AUGGCUUCUUCAUCCCAUUAUCAUUAUCAUAAAGAUGAUGAUGAUGAGAUCGAUCUUGAUACUCCUUAUGAAGAAUUUUAUAACAAUUGUGCUCUCGUACAAGAACCAGAAGAUAGACAACGCCGUAAUGUUCAUGAGAGACACCGGGAAGAAGGCCACACCUUGCUUUGGAAUGAUUAUUUUGCCGACAAUCCAACUUACUCUCCCGCUCUUUUCCGCCGACGGUUUCGAAUGAACAAAACAAUUCGACAAUUGGCAUACGGUGCUGCGGCGGACUCGGUGGACGAAUAUAUCCGUCUAGGCGAAUCAACGGCUCGAAAAUGUUUGCACAAAUUUACCGCCGGAAUAAUAACCUUGUUUGGCAAAGAAUAUCUACGACGUCCAACACAGGAGGAUCUGCAGAGACUACUACAUAUCGGAGAACAACGUGGAUUUCCGGGGAUGCUUGGAAGCAUCGACUGUAUGCAUUGGGAGUGGAAGAAUUGUCCCACGGCUUGGAAAGGAAUGUACUCACGAGGAACCGGAAAACCGACAAUUGUGUUGGAGGCCGUAGCUUCGUAUGACCUCUGGAUAUGGCAUGCGUUUUUUGGAGCACCAGGUACUAUGAACGAUCUAAAUAUUCUUAAUUGA